CAACUGCAGGCGGCCGCCGCUCGCACACAGUAGUGAGACAUCCCCGACACUGUACCCGUCAAUCAGGCUUAAUGGGGUAUAAAAGCUGCCUGCCCCAGCCCCGUGCGAGCAGCCCAGAAAGUUACCCGCCUGCCCUGUGACCGGGGGGCAGCGCACUGACUAUGCGCAGCCUGGCACUCUUCUGUAGGGCACUGCUGCUGUCAUCGACUCCCAGAAGUGGAUGGUAAACUUUGCAAGGGACUGGCACGGAGGCAUCAGCAUGGAUUGGAGGUGUCUGGGCAAGCUGCUACUUCUGCCAGUGCAGAUAGUCCUGUGUGUGCUGAGGGCAGCCGCCUGCCUGGUAGUGCCCACCCGGCUGAGAGAUCUGCGUGGGGACACCGUGCUCAUCACUGGCGGGGGCAGGGGCAUAGGGAGGCACUUGGCCAGGGAGUUUGCCAAGCAAGGAGCUAAGAAGAUCAUUUUAUGGGGCAGAACAGAAAAAUGCCUCAAAGAAACAGCUGAAGAAAUAAAGCAAAUGGGGGCUGAAUGCCAUUAUUUUGUUUGUGAUGUUGGCAAUAGAGAAGAAGUUUACCAGCAAGCAAAAGCGGUCAGGGAAAAGGUGGGUGAUGUCACCAUUUUAGUAAAUAAUGCUGCAGUGGUUCAUGGGAAGAGCCUAAUGGACAGCGAUGACGAUGCUCUUCUGAAGUCCCAGCACAUAAACACAUUAGGACAGUUUUGGACGACUAAAGCUUUCCUGCCACGCAUGUUGGAAUUACAGAAUGGACACAUUGUUUGCAUAAACUCUGUGCUGGCCUUAUCAGCAAUCCCUGGUGCCAUUGACUACUGCACUUCUAAAGCCUCCUCUUUUGCUUUUAUGGAAAGCCUGACCUUGGGGCUGUUGGAUUGCCCGGGUGUCAACGCAACAACAGUAUUACCCUUUCAUACGAACACUGAGAUGUUUCAAGGAAUGCGAGUCAGGUUUCCAAAUCUAUUCCCUCCUCUGAAGCCAGAAACUGUAGCUAGGAGGACAGUGGAAGCUGUUCAGAAGAAUCACGCUCUGUUACUGCUCCCUUGGACAAUGCACCUUCUUGUCAUCCUUAAAAGCAUUCUUCCCCAGUCGGCACUUGAAGAAAUCCAUAGGUUUUCUGGAUCUUAUACUUGUAUGAACACGUUUAAAGGGAGGACAUAGAUUCAGCUGAAGAAUAAAGAAAUAGUUAAUAAAGCAGAAAUGGAGACCCCUCCCUAAAAACCAUCCAGACCAUGGUUGUGAAGCAUCGAGUCUUCGGAUCUACAAAGGCUUUUGAAGCAACGUUGAUCUUCGAGAUCACAGACAUUGCAGUACGGCCUCUGUUCAGGCCCUGAUAUUGCUGAACUGUAACGUACCUGGAGGUUAAAGGCCGAUUUUACGUUUUGAACUUUUUUAAUAGAAUUUUAUUGUUUAAAUCGACCAAUAGUGUAAAGCUUCACACAUCUCUUUUAAAGUUCUGUGUUUUAAUUGGGUUAUUCUACUGGUCACGUGUGGAAUCUCAUCUCCACUUUUCAGUCCUCCAAAAAUACAAUAGUUGAUUAGCUUUGCUGUUCCAACAUUUUAUUCUUAAGUGUGUGUGUGUCUCUUGGGGUAUAUUCACAUGCGUUAGAUUUGUUGCAUAUAUUUCUGCAGUGGAAAAUGUGUUCCAUACAUCUAAAUGGGGUUGUUUGGAUGGCAAUUACAUGGAUUUCCAGAAGCCCCUUUCAGAUGCCAUGUGUGAAUUCACCCUCAUUGUGAGUUUUUUGUUUUUCGGAUAUGCCCCUUUCUAUAUGUCUUUACCUCACCCACUUUGUCACGUGUUUUGUUAAAAUAUUUUUAGGUGUUUCUGUGUAUGUUUGUUUGUUUUUUUUUCCCCCUUUCUGGUCUACAAUUUUACUUUUUAUGUUUUUAUUUUUUAUGAUCUGUAUAUUUUUAGAAUGUUUCUGGGUGUUUUUGUCUUAAAUGUUUUUUCUGUGCUUUUUGUGAGUUUUCUUCAUUCCCUCUACAAAGCAAUCACUGUUCUACUUCAACUUACAGUCAAGUAGUUUUAUUAUAUAUUUUUUUUAUAACUAACCUUCUUGGGGAGCAGUUGUUUUUUAAGGGCUUGAAGAAGAAAAUCAGGUUUUGUACAGUUUUAAGUCCUAUUUAAAAAUAGCGAGAAGGAACCAUUUGUUCGCACUUUGACAUUCAUGUAGACAUAGAUCACAAAUGUCAAAAAUGACAAUAAAUCUUGCAUUGUAUACAGCGUUUUCACCAGAGCAACACAAGUGCCACAGUCUGUUUUAGUUACUUGUUUGUUGAAUUACUGAAAUUAAAAUAUUUGAAAAUAA